AUGACCAAAAUCGUGACCCUCAAGAGCUCCGACGGUCAGACCUUUGCCGUGGAUGAGGCGGUGGCGUUGAAGUCUUCAACAAUCAAGAACAUUCUUGAAGACAUUGGCGUAGUUGAGAACAACGCCGUUUCUAUGCCAUCGGUGGAUGGCAAAACCCUUGCUAAAGUGAUCGAGUACUGCAACAAACACGCGAAGGAGCCCAGCGGAUUGGAUGAGAAGGCGGAAGUGGAUGAGAUGGAGAAAUGGGAUGCCGAGUUUGUGGACUUGUUGGAUCGAGAGUUUUUGUUUGAUAUAGCCUUGGGCGCUUAUUUUCUUAAUAUACGAGGGUUGAUUGAUUUGACAUGCGGGAAGAUAGCUGACAUGACGAGUUUACAGCCAAAGUAG